CUGACACUGUUUCCGAGGAUUGCGGCGCAUUGCGGAUGGCACGAUUCUCCAACGUCGCUCUUUCAAAUACUACCAUAUUCACUUCUUACGCUCCUUUGCUUGCUGCGACAUCAUGAAGUGGCGCCAUCUUUUGUCUAUUCUGCCCUGCCUCGGGAGUGGCGUGCUUGGCUUCCCAGCCCAUUCCCACGCCCCCAUUACUCCCGAGGUGGCUGCGCGACUGUCAGUAGCUCUCGCCGGGGUUGUUCAAGAAUCGCACGACAAGAGGGUCCUCUUCGACCCAUUGACUACUCCGAUCGAGGUCACCGGCGACCACAAGUUCAUUGCGCCCGACUUCAAGAAUGGUGCUCAGCGAGGACCCUGCCCUGGCCUGAAUGCCUUGGCGAACCAUGGGUACAUCAGCCGGAAGGGUGUGACGAGCCUGACUGAGGUUACGGGGGCCAUCAACAAAGUUCUCGGAAUGGGGUUGGAACUCGCGACUAUCCUGGCCGUCAUGGGCACCGUCUUCGUGGGGAAUCCUCUGUCCCUUAACCCAGGUUUCUCCAUUGGAGAUACCUCCAGCGGCGCUCAGAACAUCUUGGGAAAUGUCCUUGGGCUUGUGGGCACACCAAGAGGCCUCAAUGGCUCGCACAACAUCAUUGAGGGAGACUCAUCCAACACCCGCGCCGACCUCUACAUGACCGGAGAUGCCUCCACCAUGGUCAUGGAGCAAUUCCAGUCUCUUUACGACAUGUCGUCUGGCGAGGGUGACUACAACUUUGAGCUCUUCACCAAGCGGGCCGGGACACGCUUCCAUGAAUCGGUAGCGACCAACCCGAACUUUUACUACGGACCAUUCACUGGCAUGGUGGCUCGGAAUGCAGGCUACCUCUUCGCCUGCCGCAUGUUUGCCAACCACUCUGCCGAAAAUCCCACCGGUCUCUUGAACAAGGCAACCCUGAAGAGCUUCUUUGCCGUCCAAGGUGAAGAGGGCAAGCUCACCUACAAGCGAGGCUGGGAGAGGAUCCCAGAGAAUUGGUAUCGCACUCCUGUCGACUACGGGUUGGUCCAGCUCAACCUCGACAUUCUUGCCUUCAUUGCCGAGUACCCUGAGCUUGGAAGCAUCGGAGGCAACCUGGGAGCAGUCAACACCUAUGCCGGCGUCGACCCGAGCGACGUGACCGGUGGAGUGUUGAACCUGACGAAGCUUCUAGAAAGCAACAAUCUUCUGUGCUUCGUCUUCGAGAUCGUCAAGACCGUAUCGCCGAAUUCCUUGUCUACCCUCUUCUCCAUCAUCCAGGUGCCUCUCGAUCUCAUCACGGACGCUCUUGGAGCAUCCAUCUUGAACCUCGGAUGCCCGGCGUUUAAUGACAUGACUGUCGGCGGAAAGAGUUUCGACAAAGGUAUCAAGAGCCAGUUCCCUGGCGCAAAGUGGUCCGGGAAUGUCCUCUAAUAUACCACGCUUCAACACCUCCGGCAACAGACAUUUAAUAUUCACCGAAGGGGUCAAAUUAGA